UCUGAUUGGCACAGAGCAUUUCUCAAAACGAAAACUUCCUGAUUGCCUGAAAAUUGACCAAACUCGUAUUUUAUUACACGGACGCAUACGACUCUUUCGCUUAAGUUGAUUUUGAUCAAAAUGAGAUUUAAAUGUAUUUAUAGCAUUGCUUUACUUGUAGUAGUCUCUAAUUUAUCAGCACAUUGCGAGUUUCAGACUCUCGCACAUUUAAAACCGCAAGCCAACGACAAGACUCAGGGAAGAGCUGUAGUGGAACUUCUGAGACGUCUACUUGGAAAUAGAUCUCGUGAGUUCAUAGUGUCCGUCAACAGAACUUUAUCCAAUGAUAAUUUGGAAGUGUGUGAGCUCCGGUCGGCGAAAAACAAUAAAAUCAUAGCCACAGGCAGCACUGGGGUGGCAGUCGCCUCUGGGAUUUACAACUACUUAAAAUACUUCUGCAAUUGUCACGUAUCGUGGUCAGGUAAUCAACUUAACAUUCCUCGCCCGUUGCCGCAACUCACAGGCGUACUGCGCAUCAGCACCCAACACAUAUUCAGGUACUAUCAGAACGUAUGCACUCAGAGCUACUCCACAUUGUGGUGGGACUGGCCACGAUGGCAGAGAGAGAUCGACUGGAUGGCACUGAAUGGCAUCAAUCUGCCUUUGGCAUUUACUGGACAAGAGGCCUUGUGGCAAGAGGUGUACCUCUCACUGGGGCUGAACCAGACUGAAAUUGACCACUUCUUCACUGGCCCCGCCUUCCUAGCCUGGAACCGUAUGGGGAACCUGUUCCAGUGGGGCGGACCCCUACCACAGUCCUGGCAUGUGAAGCAGCUCUACCUUCAAUUCAAGAUUUUAGACCGAAUGAGAUCCUUUGGAAUGCUGCCUGUCCUGCCUGCAUUCUCUGGGAUUGUGCCUCAGGGCAUCGUCAGGCUCUUUCCGAAAGCCAACGUGACCAAAUUGGCGCCCUGGAGCCACUUCAACUGCAGCUACUCCUGCGCAUAUACCCUGGACCCCCGUGACCCCCUCUUCCAUUCGAUCGGCUCCCUGUUCCUGUCCCAGCUGGUCAAGCAAUUUGGCACAGACCACAUCUACAACACAGACACCUUCAACGAGAUGACGCCGACCUCCUCGGACCCCACCUACUUGUCCUCGGUCAGCCGCGCAGUCUUCGACACCAUGACCUCUGUGGAUCCCCGGGCCAUUUGGCUGAUGCAGGGCUGGCUCUUUGUGUUUGACACAGCAUUCUGGAAGCCUGCCCAGAUUCAGGCCCUUCUGCACGGAGUGCCCAUCGGUCGGAUGAUCGUGCUGGACUUGUUUGCAGAGUCCACGCCGGCUUUCUCCUUGACCAAGUCUUUCUACGGCCAGCCCUUCAUAUGGUGCAUGCUUCACAACUUUGGCGGCAAUAGCGGGCUUUUUGGCACGGUGGAGAGCAUCAACUCGGGGCCUUUCGAUGCUCUCGCCUUCCCCAACUCCACCCUGGUUGGGCUCGGGCUGGCGCCGGAGGGCAUUGAGCAGAACCCUGUGGUGUACGAGCUGAUGAGCGAGUUGGCGUGGCGCAAAGAGCCAGUCAACCUGGCCAAGUGGGUGUCGCUGUAUGCGGUUCGCCGCUACGGCAGCACCCACGAGAACCUGACGGCCGCCUGGAGACUGCUUUUUGGUAGCGUUUACAACUGCACCGUGCCCCACUACAAGAACCACAACAAGAGUCCACUGGUGCACCGGCCCUCGCUGCACAAGACCACAGAGGUGUGGUACCAGCGGGCCAACCUGUACGAGGCCUGGAGGCUGUUGUACCAGGCGGCCUGGCCUCUCAUGGCCCAAGAGACGUUCCGAUACGACCUGGUGGACGUCACCCGAGAGGUUCUGCAGCUUCUCACCACCGACUACUACCACGAGAUCCGGGAUGCCUUCCAGGCCCAGAAGCUUCCGGAACUCCUGACGGCGGGGGGCGUGCUGGUGUACGACCUCCUCCCCGAGCUGGAGCGCCUGCUGUCCAGCGACGGCCACUUCCUGCUGGGGACGUGGCUGGAGCAGGCACGCUCCCUGGCCCUGGAUGAGGCGGAGGCACGGCUGUACGACAUGAACGCCCGGAACCAGAUCACCCUGUGGGGGCCCGAGGGCAACAUUCUGGACUAUGCCAGCAAGGAGUGGGGUGGCCUGAUGGAAGACUACUAUUCCCAGCGAUGGAGCCUGUUUGUUAACACCCUGGUGGAGUGCCUGGAGAGAGGCCGACCCUUCAGGCAAGACGCUUUCAACCAGGCCGUCUUCCAGGUGGAGAAGGGCUUUGUUUUCAACAAGCGGAAGUACCCCUCCAAACCACAGGGUGACACCUACGACAUAGUCAGCAGAAUCUUCCUCAAGUAUUAUCCACAGGCUUUGGAGAGACUAAAGUGAGCCUGUCUGUAAUCUGCCGAAAGACUUAUCUCCUUUCACAGCGAGAAGAAUGUCUCUCCCCCCCCCCCCCCCCCCCCCCCCCAAUCACUUUUCUGUAGAAUGUACUCAGAGGCUCAAAAUACCCUUUUAUUUUGUAAAUAAUUAUAUUGUGGAUUGUUGAGAUUACUAGAGCAGCAUACAAAUGUACAUAUUGAAGAUGAAACAUCCAAACAUAUGUUAAAUGUGUAAGGAAAAAAAACUAUGACAUUAAAUAGAGAGUUCAGCAAAAUGCCAUUUCAAUAUUUUUCUUCUUACCUUCGAAGCAGUCUAUGGACAAGGAGUGACUGCAAUCCACUAUUCGGUUUUGUAAAACUACCACUGCCAACAAACGGUAAAAUGUGCAUUUUCAGAGAAAAAACGAAUGCAAGUCAAUCUCCCUCAUUUAGCAUAUUUUAAAUAUAAUGCCCUAAUGAUCUCUUAAAUGGAUUGUGUUGCCUAAUUGCUUACCAAUUACUUGGUUUAAACAACAAAAAAAAGGGAGAUGAUUUGGGCAUGAAAUUAGGCUGCUUUCAAGGUAAGGAAACAAAUAUUUAAAUCUAUAUUUCACUGUUAAGUAGCCUUGCUUGAGCCUUGGCAUGCAUUUCACUGAACUAUCCCUAGGCCAAGCGCAGCUGUAUUUGGCUCAAUAUCAAAUCAUUUCUGGGUAACAACUAAGUUAAGGAGUUUUACAUUAACUUUUUUUUUUAAAUAAACAAAUAGCUUUUUAGCACAAUUAUUUCUCAAGCAAGCAUUUUGCUAGGACUGUCUGGGUGUGGAACGGGGAAAGGGGACCAGAGUGGUGCAUUAAUCACAGUCAGGAUUGUGGAAGGAAGCAGAGAGGCCUAAUGGGAGGGAUAUGCAACUUGAAAACGAACUGUUAUUUGCAGAGGUUUGGAAGUCUAUUUUUAUUAUUGGUCUAAAAACUUAUUUCGCCUCGAUAAGACGAGCCAAAACACGAGGCGAGCCAGAACCCAUACAAAACCUGCUGAAUAGAAGGUCCUGGGUUGUAUUUUUCAACCAGCAACUAUCGGGAAAUAACACUGAUCACAUUCUUUUUCACACUUUUACAUUGUUCUUUUCAUCAGCCAUUAUACAAAAAUGAUACAGAACACAGGAAAAUCUGAACUUUGACUGCACUGGGCCUUAAACUUAAUUACUAUAACCGGCAUAGAUUAAUAUAUGACUUAAUUGAACCAUUAAUUAAUACACUAAGUGUAGAAAACAUUAGGAACACCUGCUCUUUCACAUGGUCAGUCUGUCAUGGAAAGAGCAGUGUUUUUAAUGUUUUGUAUACUCAGUGUAUUAUAGAGAGCAGUCCUUUCGGAGCCCAGAUCAUUUAUUUAUGAAUCCCAUCAUUGGAUGUUUCAGUAGUUGGGUUUCCCAAGGGACUCCAUAGGCCAGCAUAGCUGAAUACAGGAAUUGCCCUGUAAUGUGAAUGUAUCUUUCAAAUUUUGGAAUGUUCUCAAAUCAUUACUGUUCAUGAUAUCGAUAAGGGUACGGAUUCCACCUUUGGACUAUUGGGGUGACGCAAAACGCCGUCCUCCAGAUGGCAAGGCAUUAUUGUGGAAUGUUGGCGUAUGGGCAUGCCAUUUUGAUUCCCAGUUACAUUGUUUUUUUCAAUUUUGCGCCAAAUAUAAAUUGUGUGAGCAAUAAUAGGACCAAAGUGUAGUUUACAUUGUUGAAGGGAUAUACCGUAUCAGUGAAGACUACCUCUUCCAGGGCAAUAGCAGACACCGUAUGUCUCUCUAUACUCAGCCGGUGUGCAGAAGAAUCAUGUCUUAACCAAUUUAGGAUGUGGCGAAAUGCCAGUGCCUGGAAAUACAAUUGAAAGCUUGGCACGGAUAGUCCUGCGUCUUUCCCUCUUUGUACCGCAUUAUGGAUUGGAUCCCAAUAGCCAGAAGGGGAGCCUUCUACUCCCAAAUAUUUUAAAUGGGAACUAUUGGGAUUCCAUAAGUAGAGAUGGAGUCCUCCACCGGUGCCUUGAGAGGCAUUAGGACUGAUUUUGAUAAAAUACGUUUUAUAGCUUGAGCUCAAUUCAGCUUCAUCUAUGAUCUUCGAUGCGUUAAGGAGCCAUCAGAGGUGUACAGGUCUUUAUAGAAGCGAGAGAAUCUUGAAUACAUUUGUGUUCUGAUAGUAAUUACCGUGUUUCAGAUUCAAUAGUUGCUAAUAUCAGCCAAUUGAUCGUUACUACUUAGCUUGUUGGCUAGUAAACAACUGGGACGAUUACCAUGGAAGUAAUGGUUGAGUAUUACUCUAUUGAUGGCAAAUUCUGCUCUCUGUCUAAUCAAUAAGUUAAGUUCUGUCUUGACUUUGGAAAAAUGGCUACCUGGUCUAAAGAGUUUGUGGAGAACGCUCUAACACAGUUAAAGAAAUCCGAUUUUUAAAUGUUAAUUGUGAUUUAUUCGAUCCAAAUGCAGUUGCCUUAUUGUUAAUAACAUCUUUGGUGGCAUUCCAUAGAAUCCAGGGGUGAUCGACUGAAAUAUUUUAUUGGUCAUUAUGAAUUAAUUUAAUUUCAAAUUGAUCAAAGAAUUCAGGAUUUUGUAGUAAAGAAACGUUGAAACGCCAUCUUGUGGCUAUUUUAGGAGAUUCUGAAGUAGGCAGUAGUAAGCGUGGUGGUCAGACAUGCUCAUAUGUUGAAUUUCUAUUUUCUUAAUUAAAUCAAAUACAGGUGUAGAUAAUAGUAUGAAAUCGAUUUGUGAGAAUGUUAUAUGCCUGUUUGAGGAGAAAGUGUACUACUUUUUUAUUUAGGAUUAUGUGCUCGUCAGGCAUCAAUGAGGUUGUAAUCAGAGAGUAUAUGCUGGAGAGCCUUGGUUGCAUUUGGAUUGUAGUUGGUUUUAUUAGAUUUCUCCCAUGUCAAAAAUGGUAUUCAUGUCUGUCCAAAUAACCAGAUGGAAUUCAGUUAAUUUUAACAAUAUGCUGUUCAGAGAAUCAAGAAAUGUAGGAUCAUAUGCAUUUAGCGUACACGUGAAUAAAGGCUAUUUUCUUUCCAUUAUGAA